AUGUUGAUCCCCGAAUUCUCCUUUCAAUGGUUGACCACGCGCGACGCGCAAUGUUCAUUACUACGUCGUCUAAGUACUGUAGGACUUGUAUCUGUCAGUUUAUUAACUCAUCAGCUGCAGGAAUUGGCGCCACUCGACCAAAAACCGCAGGAUUUGACACUAAAGACGUCGCUACUGGAUACACGCACAUUAUUGGGUCCAUUUUCAAUUGAAAUGCUCGAAAUAAUCACCAUGUGGCUGGACCAAGGGAUAAAAAAGGUGUUAAUCGAUACUGUAUCGAGUGAAGACGUGGAUUUGGAGCGCGUGGUCAUUGCAGUGUCGGAAUUACCGGCCAAUCGAGUGAUUGUACGCCUUCCUGUGUCGUCUCUUGACUCGAAUCAAGUGAUGAAACUGGCAGAAACGCUUAAUGAGAUUGAAGACUAUUGCAAGUGGAAGAGCGUGGAUGAAGGAUACUUUUUUGCUGUCGAGAUGAGUACAGGACCGAGAGAGGGCUAUCAUUAUGAGAGCGUUUUUGCUAAGAUUAAGGAAUUGCACCAUAAAAACAUCCACAUUGUGGCUCCGGGAUAUUGUUACGAAGAAGGAGAGAAGAAGAGGGAUUUGGUGAUGGGAGAUGGACAAGUGGUCGUAGAUGCUGCAUUGUCGUUCGUGCAAUGUCUACGGACGGAUCGACCUGAUGGGUUGUUUACGACAGUUGUGGCAGAUGAAGCUGGCAUUGCUUUAGGACUGGUGUACUCGAGUGCGGAGAGUAUUGUGGCUGCUCUAGAGAGUGGACGUGGCGUCUACUACUCUCGAUCACGUGGUGGCCUUUGGAAAAAGGGUGAGAGCAGUGGCAACGCACAGUCGCUGAUCCAGAUCGACAUGGACUGCGACAGCGACGCGCUACGCUUUACGGUGAACCAGACAGGUGCUGGUUUUUGCCACCUUAAUACCCGCACAUGCUGGGGUCACGACGGCGGCCUUCGUGCGCUAGAGAAUAUGCUUUCCAGCCGCCAUGAGAACGCACCUGCCGGGUCGUAUACGAAGCGCCUGUUUGAAGAUGCAGAGCUACUACGUAACAAACUUGUAGAGGAAGCCCAGGAACUUGCAGAAGCUGAAUCAAUCUCCGAUGUCGCUGGAGAGGCUGCUGAUGUCAUGUACUUCGCCAUGGUGCGCUGUGUGGCCGCAGGCUGUAAGCUUAGCGACGUCGAGAAAAUGCUCGACAAGCGCGCCUUAAAGGUAAAGAGACGACCUGGUAACUCGAAGGCGUACCGCAUCGCAGCUGCUAACGAGAUUUUAAACACCAAAGACGACUCUUAA